CUGCGCUCGGUGGGUGCCAACCAGGCCAGAGCCAGCCGAGCGAGCGAGGACAGGCACAGAGGGGGCGCGGCCGGCGGCCGGACGACACCGCGAGCGAACCUCAGGAGCAGUCAGCGGCCCGACAGCCAGCGCAUUGGCAAUGGAGCGCCUGGUCGCCCGCCGCACCUUUCCCAUGAUCGCGCGCACCAGCGCCUGCCGCAGCCUCUUCGGGCCCGUGGACCACGAGGAGCUGGGGCGUGAGCUGCAGAUGCGCCUGGCCGAGCUGAGCGCCGAGGACCAGCGUCGCUGGGACUACAACUUCCAGCUGGACAUGCCACUGCGGGGCCCCGGGCGCCUGCAGUGGACCGAGGUGGACAGCGACUCCGUGCCCGCCUUCUAUCGCGAGACGGUGCAGGUGGGGCGCUGUCGCCUGCUCCUGGCGCCUCGUCCCCGCCCGGACGGCGCGGUCAAUAGCCCGCCUCCCGGGCCGCCGGCCGAUGAGUCCCUCGACGGCCUCGGGGAGGCGCCGGCGUCGCCGUCCAGCGGCCCGGCCGUAGCGCCUGCCCAGGCCGCGGCCCCGGCGCCUCAGGAGGGCGCUGAGCAGGAGGCGGUCCCGCCGCCGCGCAGCCAGGAGCCCCAGGCCGAGCCGCCGCACUCAGGGAUUUCGGGGCGCCCCGCGCCAGGCACUGCCGCCGCUGCCACCAACACCGCCGCCAGCGGCGCCGCUGCUGCCACCACUGCCGCCGCCGGAGGCGCCGCGAUCAAGAAGCUGUCCGGGCCUCUCAUCUCCGACUUCUUCGCCAAGCGCAAGAGACCCGCGCCCGAAGCCAAGGCGUCGAACGAGGUUCCCGCGGGAUGCGCCGCGCCUGGCGCCGCUCCAGCCGUCGGCUCGGCUGAGCAAACCCCGCGCAAGCGGCUGCGAUGAGAGCCUCGUGCCCAAAGAGCCCUGACGGAGCCCGUUGGGCAGCGGACAGGAGAGGAGCGCUGGGCCUCGGCUGGGACCGUCCAUGUAGCAGCAACCGGCGGCAGCUGCCGCGAGCAGCGUUCGGUUUCUUGUUUAAAGUUUGACAACUGUGCAAUGUAUUAAUAACGUCUUUUAUAUCUAAAUGUAUUCUGCCCAAGGAGUACACUGGUCCCAAGGUGUAAAGCUUUAAGAGUCAUUUAUAUAAAGUGUUUAAUCUCUGCUGAAA